AUGGCGCCCGGAUUGCUGGAACCAGAAGCCGCCACCAUUGCCGAACCACGGCCUUCAAAGAAGCUGAAAACCGCUUCGGCGGCGACAUUCCAAAACGACGACGAAGAGGUGGCAAUUGCAGUCCCGUCGCACCCUCUCGGUAUCAAGCCAGCGGGCAACGCCUACACCGCAUCCGAGAACAUCAAAUCAAGAUGUGGCUCAUUCGCCAGGCUGCCUGACGAGCUUCUGAGCCACAUUCUUGAGUCAUUCGAUGCUGACACCCUUAUCCGUCUCGGGACUACAUGCCGGGCGUUGUAUGCUUUCACACGGCUGGAUGAGCUCUGGCGGGCACUUUUUGUGAGGUGCGAAACCUAUACCGUGUCGAAGAAGAGUGUCGACUUGCUGGAGCAUGAAAGAGAUCGGACUACAAUCCUAAGCUCUGUGCAUUACCCAGAUAUGACCACGCUCUUUGAUUGCUUUGACUUGGUUGUCAGCCGGAUUUCUGUUUGUGCGAAGGGCCACAGCAUCAUGAACCCGGACCUGUGGCUUCUUUGCUUCACCGUCUUGCUCUCACCACCCACAGACUUCAUGUGGCGCGGCACGUGGCGCUCUACCUAUCUCAAUAUCUCACCAGAGAACGUCACGAACAUACCAUGCCAUAACCUCUUUUCAGACGUCUUAUACCGUCCAUUUCAAUGUGCUCAUACAGGUCUUACCCCGUUUGUUCGCAACAUUCCUCGGUCAAACGAAAUCGCAAGACUCGGCGACCUCACACCCGAUGAUUACGCCCAGAAUUGGACCGACAAGCCCUUCAUUUUGACUGAUCCCGUCAAAGAUUGGCCAGUAUAUGGUACUUGGACGCCCGAGUAUCUUCUAGAAAAGUUCCCAGAUGUCAAGUUCAGAGCAGAAGCGGUCGACUGGCCAACAUCGACGUAUCUCUCAUAUAUGCACAACCAGUCUGACGAGUCACCCCUAUACGUCUUCGAUCGCGCUUUCGCCGAGAAGACAGGCAUCGACACCACUGCCGCGCCUCACUCAGAGGGCGCAUCAUACUGGUCUCCUGAAGCUUUUGGUUCCGACCUCUUCAGCGUGCUCGGCCAACACCGUCCUGAUUGUAGAUGGAUGAUCAUGGGCCCAAAGCGCUCUGGCAGUACUUUCCACAAAGAUCCAAACGCCACAUCUGCCUGGAACGCCGUCUUAACCGGCAGCAAAUACUGGCUCAUGUUUCCCUCUGGGCCUGGCAUCGAGACACCACCCGGCGUUAUCGUGUCUGAAGAUCAAUCUGAAAUCACAAGUCCUUUGAGCAUUGCAGAAUAUCUCCUCACCUUCCACGAACUCGCACGACAAACACCGGGGUGUAAAGAAGGCAUCUGCUACGCGGGAGAAGUCCUACACGUCCCCUCAGGAUGGUUCCAUCUUGUCCUCAACAUCGAAGACUCACUCGCCCUCACGCAGAACUUCGUGCCGAUGAAGAAGCUCCCCGACGUUCUGGGUUUCUUGCGCGAUCAAAGGGGUGAAGUCAGCGGCUUCAAGGAAGACGUAUGCGACACAGCGUACGAGCUAUUCGUCGAGAAACUGCAAGAAGAGUAUCCGGACAUUCUAGCCGAAGGACUAGCAGAAUUAGAAAAGAAAUCCAAGGGCAAGAGAGGCAAGUGGGAAGAACUCACCAAGGCUGGAGGCGAGGAAGAAGAGGCAGGAGGGUUUAGCUUUGGAUUCGGCGGCGAUGACGACGAUGCUGACAUUCCCUGA